AUGUCAGAUUGUGCACAAGAAAUCGAAAAUGCGAUUAUCAACUCUUUUCCAGAAGUUAUCCUUCAUUGGUGUGCAGUUCAUGUAAUGAGGGCGUUCAGAAAAAAUUUGAAAGAUUAUGCAUUUGAGAGUUCAGACAAAUUGAUAUUAGAUACAAAAAUGAACUAUCUUGCAUACGGCAGAAAUGGCAAGAAAGAAUGGAUUGAACCAACGUUCAAAAAAAUUCUGGAAAUAGCCGAAAAAUUCCCAGAAUUUUCAAAAUACAUACAAAAUCAAUGGAUAUCAAACCAAGAAAGAUGGACAGCCGCUGAAAGAGAUGAAAAUUUAGCUCUCACAAAUAACAUUUCAGAAUCGAUUAACAAAAAAAUUAAAUAUUACUACUUUGGCGGAACAAUUUUCAUCAGAUUUGAUCGAUUUGUGAUGAAAUUAAUCGAUUUUAUCGUUCCUUCAUUUUAUUACAGAAUUUCUCAAGAUAUAAGGCUCAGAGACAAAAUUCCAAAUCCGUUGCCAUCUGAAAAAAAGCCAAAAAAGUCUACAAUCAGACUGGAUACAGAAAAAUGUAUAAUGCUCACUGAUAAAAUUAAAUCGUUAAUAGUUAACUCAUCAGCAAACUUAAAUACGCUUCAAUUGGGUUUAGAUGACCUACUUGAUAAAGUUGUCAAGGCAGCAAAGGUUCAAAAACGAAUGACCCAGUAUUUUUCGAAAUUAAGUAUCCCAAUGGAAAUCAAGCUUAGUAUUCUCACGCAAAUUACAGAAUUUGGAUGCAAUACCCCUCAAUUCAUUGUUGAGAAUGCCAAGUCUUUUCAAGAUAAAAUUAUUACAGAUUUCCACCUUCAAAUUUAUACAACAUUAUAA